AUGCAAGACCUCGAAAUAUACGUUUCGCUACUCGCAGUAAUUAUGGUUGUCUACAUGCGUGCCCACAAAGCCACAAUCAGACGGUACAGAGCCCAGGUCCCUCUGCUAUGA